AUGGAGAGCCAAAACGGACUGGGCAAGCUCCUGCCCAAGUCACUCUCGGCGCGACGCAGGCAGCGAGUCAAAAAGAGCAAGACACGCGAUGGAGAUGCGGCUGACGACACGCCGCCCAUGGACAACAGGGCUUGGUCAAGCAGCAACCUGUCGCUGUACGCCGACGACCAAAACGACGACGGCGACUUUACGGACGAUGCUAAUGAUGGGAGCUUUGCAUCCUACGAGUCAGGAGCGGAGGCGAAUCGCAGUGGAGAAUCCCUACGCCCGCCAUCUGCAUCUCGCCCGCCACGGCCGGUUCCCUCCAACCACCCGUCGCUGGUCGGCUAUCUCACGACUUCCUCUCCCGCCGUCCAGGCCGCCCACCUCGAUUCGCCGCCCAAGAUUCUGCCCCCGUCGCGAAACAACCGCAGCCCUUGGCGGAGAGGUAGCAAGAACGACAAGGCAGACACCCCAGACGCUGCCUCGUCGGUCAAGUCCCCGGAGCUACCUGCGCCUGCUAGGCUGGCUGCCGCCGACCGGGAAACUCGGGGCAAGGUCUCCAAUAUCGAGCUCGACAUACCCCGGACCCCUCCAAAUGGUGACAAGCCCGGCCCCGUCAUUGUCAACACGCCACCCACACCAACCGACACUGGCCUCGGUUUCGGCCACGCUCUGACCUCUUCGCCGGAAAAGAUGACCUCUGGCGCCACCACCAAGAGUCCUGCUGAAACCGGGUCGCCCACGCGAAAUAUGAACCUUCACAGGAGAAGCAAAUCCGGAGGAGCUGCUAUAGGGCCGAGCAAACUCUCCAACAUAACAUCUGCACCGCUAACGCCAGGUUCCGAGGCGGAAAACGGUGGCAUCACGCCCAGCGCCACAGGAUUCUUCUCUUCGGUCAUAUCUGCAGCGCAAAAUGCAGCCACGACUUUGAGUAACAAUAUUCCCGGCACUGGCAUUGGCAUGGGCGGACAGAAAAACAAAGCGCCAAGUUCAAAAUCGCUCAGCGUUGAAGCCGUUGACCAGCUGGGAGGCGACGGCAGCAUCAUUCCCCAACAUAAUAAAGACGAGUCGGCUCAGUCUACUCAAUCGCAGGCACGGACCUCACAGCGCAGCUCGGCCAUACAGACUCUGGGUACCGGAGAGCUGAGCCUCAGCCAGCUUGGCCUGUCGGAUGCACCCAGCAAUGUUGCUAGCCCCGCCAGUGCCAGGUUUCCCGAUGUUGUCGACACACGAGCAAGGUCCGAAUCCGCGCCGGUCGAACCCCACGCUGAGCUACCAACCGAUGAGCCAGUUAGUAGGCCACGAUCAGUCAUCGAAUCGGCCAACGGUGAUGAUUUCGCGCAAAUGCAGCCCGAUGCCAUGGGUCUCAACAGAAGCUCGAGCGUCCGGAGCGCGCUGAAGCCGCAUAGGAAAAGAGGCAGCUCUGUGACGACAGGUGCGACCAUUGGCGUAUCGACAGGCGUGCCGCUGCAGUCAACGCCGACCUUGGGUGCUCCCAAGCUCACCGGCUUUGCCAUUGCUAGCAAGAAAAGAAACCGCGACUUCCACUCGUUCUUCAAAAGCGUUCCCGAUGACGACUAUCUUAUCGAGGACUAUAGUUGCGCCUUGCAGCGUGAAAUUCUGGCCCACGGUCGUCUCUAUGUUUCCGAGGGUCACCUUUGCUUCAGCAGCAACAUUCUUGGAUGGACAACCACCCUAGUCAUGAGCUUUGACGAGAUUGUAUCGGUCGAGAAGCGCAGCACAGCAUUAGUCUUCAAAAACGGGUUGAUGAUUUCAACCUUGCACGCCAAGCACAUUUUUGCAAGUUUCACCAGCAGAGACGCUACCUAUGACUUGAUUGUCAACAUCUGGAAGCUAGGUCACCCUACGCUCAAGAGCUCCCUCAACGGCGUGCAGCUCGAAGGAACAGGUGGCGACAAGACAGAAAAGGUGGACGAUGAGCCUCAGGGUCUUGGUUUGGAGAACGAGAGCCCCAUGGGCUCAGAGUCUGGUGAAGACAGCGACGACGAUGAUGAGUUCUACGACGAAGAGGAGGACGGUACUUUUGUAGAUACGCAACCAACCGAAGCAAGUACUGGCGCAGAUGCCGACAACGAAAAAGUCGCGAGCCGGAAAGCGUCUGCCAUGACGACUCUUAAUGGCGCUUCAGCGGACAGCGCCAGGGAUGCUCCAAACUCGCCAUCUGUCGGCGGUGAGUACCCAGGCCCAGCAACACACGCGCCGACCGAGUGCACAGACAGCAGUACGCAUUACGACAAGACUGUGGGCGACGACAUCAUCCCUGCGCCUCUAGGCAAAGUCUACAAUUUGCUUUUCGGGUCAGCAUCGACGGGGUGGAUGACCAAAUGGCUAUCGGAAGACCAGAAGUGUCUGGAAGUGACGGUUGACGAAAAGAAGGGGUUGACCAUGGACAACAACACGCGAGCAUGGACAUAUAUCAAGCCUUUAUAUGCUUCACUGGGUCCCAAACAGACAAAGUGUAUUGUGACGGAAAAUCUGGAGAGUCUUGACUUUGAAAAGUCCAUUACGCUGAUACUAUCGACACGAACCCCCGAAGUUCCAUCCGGCACGCUCUUCACAGUCAAGACUAGAUAUUGCUUUACCUGGGCCGAGAACAAUGCGACGAGGAUCCAGGUCAACUAUACGACAGAGUGGACCGGCAAGAGCUGGAUCAAGGGCCCGAUUGAGAAGAAUGUGAACGAUGGGCAAGCCAAAUUCUGCGAAGAGCUGUUUGCUUCGAUUAAGGCAGCGGUCACGACUAGGGGUCGGUCCAAUACACUUACGAAUGGCGGCAAGGGCAAAAAGAAGGGCAAGAAGGGCAGGGCCAGCCUAACAACCAAUGAAGGCUCAGGUGUCUCGGCCAAGCAGACUGAGACAUCCAAGACCAGCUGGGGCCCGUUGGAACCUAUUCGUGGGGUUCUGGAACCGAUACUAGAUAUUCUCAAGCCGAUUCUGACGGGCAAUGUCAUGUACGGCCUGCUUGUCGGGCUGCUCGUUGCAUCGUGGUUUGGAUUCGGCUUCUCACCCAGCAAGCCGGCGGGCGGUUUCGGGGGAGGCGCGGGCGGACGGGGCGAGCUAAUGGACAUGUAUGGUCCUUUCAGGCUGGCCGCGUAUGAGGAGAUGUGGCGCAGAGAGGAAAGCGAGCUGUGGGAGUGGCUGGAGGAGCGGACGGGCCUGGGGCAGGUGGACUCGGACAACCAUGGUAUCAGGAAGCGCGCGGUUGAGCCGCGUACAAUGCAGGAGAGGGUGCGUGAGUCACGGCAAGACGCGCGGGAAGUGCAGGAGGCGAUUCGUGUGACGGAGGAGAAGCUCAAGGUGCUACGACAGGUGAUUGUCAACAGCCGAAAGCAGGACAAGGCAAGCGAAGGUGCUUAG